AUGGAGUACAUCUUUGGUUUGGGAAGCUUUGCCCUAGGCAUGUUGGAGGAUUUUGCGUUGUCUUCCAAAGAGAUAACUGUGAGGUUUGGUGAGACUCUGCUGGCCUUUGUGUCAAAGCCCAAAGACAGAUUCCUACCCAAAAAUUACCAGCAGUUCCUGGCCUUGAUGUUUGCUGUCCUUGAGGUGAACAAGGAUCUGCUUCUUCUUCCCAACAUCACCCUUGGCUUCCGCAUCUAUGAAAAUCUGAAGAUGGAGAGGAAGAUUUUCUUAUACAGCCUCUUCCUGCUCUCCACACGGCGCCGAAUGCUUCCAGGUUACAAAUGUGACAGAAAGGACCCACUGCUCUCUGCCAUUGGAGGUCACAACUCUAAAUCCUCAAGGCAGAUGGCCUCCAUCUUCAGCAUCUUCAAGGCCCCACAGCUUGGUGUUGGCUUUGAGUUCACUCAAGGAGACAGAAGAGUUUAUCCUUCUUUCUUCCGGAUUAAUCCCAGUGAAUCUGCUCAGUAUGAGGGUCUAGUCCAGCUGCUCCUGCAUUUCCAGUGGAACUGGGUUGGGCUGGUGGCCAACAAAGAUGACAGUGGGGAACAUUUCGUCUCUUCUCUGAUGCCAAUGCUGAAGGAGAAGGAGAUAUGCCUGGCCUUCACUGAAAUAAUGAAAUUUGAUUUUUACACUCAUGAAGAUACAAAUUUAUAUCACAUUUUCAACACUUUGUCUAAAGGUGAAGUGAUUAUUUUUUUUGGAGACUACAGUAGUAAUACAAAUGCACAGAUAGCUGUGUUUGCUUAUAAAAAACAGAGAUAUGAAUCGUUACUGAAAGUUUGGAUCUUUACAUCCAAUUGGAAACUUAAUGUGAUGAAGUCUGAAUCUAUGUUACUUGUUAUAAAGCACUACCAUGGGGCUUUGCAUUUUAGGGACCACAGCAGGGAUGUCUCAGAAUUCAACAAUUUUCUCGUGUCUUUAGACCCUUUAAAUCCACAAGGGAAUUUCUUUCUCCCUCUAUGGUGGACACUGAUCUUUGGCUGCAAUGUUCACAAACCAGGAGAGAUCCUUCAAAAGGGGGAAAAGCCAUGUACUGGAAAGGAGAAUUUACAGAAUGUGCCAGCCUACCUUUUCGAAACAAGCAUGACAGGUGAAAGUUAUAAUAUCUACAAUGCUAUUUAUGCUGUGGCACAUGCAUUCCAUGCAAUGCAUGGAUCAGGAACACGACCAGCUAUGAUGAGACUUGGAAAGAAGAUCUUAGAUGUCCGGUCAUGGCAGAAGGUGCCCUUUGCCAGGUGUGGCAUGAAAAGGUGCCAAGCAGGAGAGAGGAAGAGAGUUCCAGAGGGCGAGCAGGUUUGCUGCUACCAAUGUGCCCCUUGCCCAGAAGGCACCAUUUCUAAUCAGACAGAUGCAGCUUCCUGUGAUCCCUGCCCAGAAGACCAAUAUCCCAACAUGGACAAAGACCACUGCAUUGCCAAGAAGAACCACUUCCUUGCCUACCAAGAGCCUCUGGGAUAUACUUUAGCUUUGCUCACACUUUCUCUCUCCGUAAUCACAUUGGGAGUCCUGACAAUUUUCCUUAAACACCGUGACACACCAAUAGUCAAGGCAAAUAAUCGAGAUCUGACAUACAUCCUCCUAGUCUCCCUCCUGUUCUGCUUCCUCUGCUCCUUCCUCUUCAUUGGUCGACCCAGGAAGCUCACCUGUCUCUUCCGACAAACCACCUUUGCCAUUAUCUUUGCCCUUGCAGUUUCCUCUGUCUUGGCAAAAACAGUCACAGUGGUUCUGGCCUUCAUGGCCACCAAGCCAGGGAACAAGGCAAGGAAAUUCUUAGGAAAGCCAUUGACCAACUCCAUUGUCUUAGGCUGUCCACUGGUCCAAGCAGUUCUUUGUGCCACUUGGCUGGCAACCUCUCCCCCAUUUCCCAGCUUAGAUUUCCAUUCCUUGAUAGGAGAAACCAUCUUGGAAUGUAAUGAAGGCUCAGGUUCAAUGUUUUACACUGUUCUGGCCUACCUGGGUUUUCUGGCUCUUGUGAGUUUCACAGUGGCCUUUCUGGCCAGGAAAUUGCCUGACAGCUUUAAUGAAGCCAAGUUCAUUACUUUUAGCAUGCUGGUCUUUUGCAGUGUUUGGAUCUCAUUCCUCCCCACNUUUGAAUAG